AAGACGAACAACUGGCAGCGGUCCUACUUCUACGUCAAAUCUGACAGGGCUGCGUUCGAGGAGCCGCUGAGGACCGGCUAUCGUGUUUUAUGGGCCCGAGAGAUGGUUGCUCUUCCGAACACCGCAGAGUACGAGGAGGACUUUUUGACGAGCGCGCGUCUGAUCGCAUCGCAGAGACAGGACCAUUGGAAUAAUUUUUCCUACCGGAGGAUUAGUCGAUCGAUCGGGUGGAUUAGUCAGCAGGUUUGGCGUUCGGACACGAUCCCCAUUGUCACGAAUAAGACGAAGAGGGUCAAUUUGUUCAAUUCGGCCGAGCAGAGGGAGAUAAAACGAGCAAGAGCGAUGAGGACUAUUCCAAAUUUGAGUUUGGUGGUUGCGAAGAAAGUCGGCUCCGCAAAGAAAUCUCAGCCCGAUACCGCGGGCUCGCCUAAUUUAGGAGAUCCGAGCGCGACCGAGUCGGACGCUGAGGCUCAGUUGGUUAGAAAGACCAACAAGAAGAGACAGCGCGAAGAGGAGGGCGCGGCUGUCGAGGAAACGAACGUUGGGGCUCCUCUCCCAAGGGCAUUCUGGGUCAGAGGGGAGAAGGAAGAAGGCAAGGGGCGAUUCUCCCGCGAUCCGAUCCUCCCUGCGGGCAGCCGCGACGAAGAUCUUCCGGCGGUCUCUCCAAAGGCCAAGAAGAAGGACAAGGGGAGGAAGAGGAAGAAGAAAGCCGCCGAAAUGGUUCCUCGAGGCUCUUCUGAGGAGCUGAACGACGAGGAGGAAGUGAUGCCACCCGUUCCGGGAAUCGCUGGGCCCGGGGCGUGA